AUGUUGGGGGCAAAUCUAAUUGGCCUGGCCGUGUUCCACACUUGGAGAUUGACCAAAUCAUUGACACCUCUGAGUACCACUCCUGCACCUCGGCCUAGCACCAAGGCGUCCACUACUUCUGAUGGCACCGUGAGACUAGUCAAUGGAAGGAACAGAUGUGAGGGACGGGUUGAAGUACUUCACAAUGGAAUUUGGGGGACAGUCUGCGACGAUGAGUGGGACUUAAGCGACGCAAGUGUUGUGUGCAGGCAGCAGAAAUGUGGGCCCGCUCGCUCAGCAACAGUUAAUGCUCUGUUUGAUGAAGGCUCAGGGCCAAUUCUUAUGGAUGAUGUCAGGUGCACUGGGAGUGAAAUCAGCUUGGGACACUGCUCCCACAGAGGCUGGGGAUUGCACAAUUGUCUCCAUAGAGAAGAUGCUGGUGUCAUUUGCUCAGUACCAACUGUGAGCACUCCUACUCCAAGACCUGCAAUUAGCAAGGAAACUACACUUUCAAACGGAGCAUCUGUGAAACUAGUCAAUGGAAGACACAGAUGUGAAGGACGGAUUGAAGUGUUUCACAAUGGAAGGUGGGGGACGGUCUGCGAUGAUGCGUGGGACUUAACUGACGCAAGUGUCGUAUGCAGGCAGCUUGGAUGUGGGCCUGUUAUCGCAGCACCAGGACAGGCUCGAUUUGGUCCUGGUCCAGGCACAAUCCUCCUGGAUGAUGUCUCCUGCACUGGGAAUGAAUGGCACUUGGGCCAGUGCUCUCACAGAGGCUGGGGGGUACAUAAUUGCCUCCGCAGUGAAGAUGCUAGUGUCAUCUGUGCAGAACCAGUCCAGACUACUCCUGCUCCAACAGAAGGUGCUGUGAAACUAGUCAAUGGAAGACAUGCAUGUGAAGGGCGGGUUGAAAUCUUUCACAACGGAAGAUGGGGGACAGUCUGUGAUGAUUUGUGGGGCAUGACCCACGCACAAGUUGUGUGCAGGAAGCUUGGUUGUGGAGAUGCUGUCUCGGCACUAGGAAAGGCGCCGUUUGGUGAAGGCUCAGGCCCAAUUCUUAUGGAUGAUGUCCGCUGCACUGGGAAUGAAGACAGCUUGAGUCAGUGCUCCCACAGAGGCUGGGGAAUACAUAAUUGUGUUCAUAGGGAAGAUGCUGCUGUCAUGUGCUCAGCAAAGGCUGCCCCCCAAGCCACCACUACAGCAGCUCCUGUGGAUGAUACAACUACAGAUCCUGUAACACUUACAUGUUUGCCCGAAUACAUGAAGGCAGUUAUUGGCAGAGAAUACCUUACUUCAAAAGGCUGCUCUGAGUGCAAUCUGUACUUGAGUGACCAAGCCUGCAAACCUGAGAUUACAAGAGACGAAUUUAUAUUCUAUAUACCAUAUGAUGGUUGCGGGACAAGACGGGAGAACAAUGGAGGGGUUAGCAGUUUCUCCAAUACUGUCAGCAGCCGUGGAACUGGUGUAAAUCCUCAGUUUAUCUUCAUCUGCAAAAUGGAGCCAAGAGCCAUGAAGGAACUGACGCACAAUAUAGAUGAAAUGGAAUCCACGGAAGAAGGCCGAAAGCAAAGUGGAUUAUUCCAUAUGAAAUUUUUAUUUUAUGACUCACCUUCCUUUGCACGCCAAGUAGUUUCCAUGCCCUACUUUAUGAAGAUGAACCAGAACAAAAACUUUGAAGUCGAAAUCUCUAACUGUAAUCGGAGGCAAAUAUUCUUCGUAGACACCUGUGUGGCUUCGCCUAGCCCUCAUGACUUCACAACUACAACACAUACUCUAAUACAGAACGGGUGUGUUAAAGAUUAUACCUAUACAGGUUCUUAUAGACAGAGGGUCACCCGCUUCAGCUUUAAACCCAACUUCAGAUGGUCAACAGUUUAUCUACAGUGCAAAAUUGUGGUGUGCAAUGCAUAUGACUCUAGAUCUCGAUGUUACCAAGGCUGCAUGCCCAGGCGUAAGAGAGAAAUAAGCUCUGGUCAAGAACACGUGCAAGUUAUUGGGCCAUUUAACCUUCAUUAAGUAGUGUCACCUAGCAAUGCCCAUCAAGGUCAAUGAGGAUACUUGCAUAAUGACUCUGUUUGUGGCAUUAUCUUGAAGUAAUUCAUCACUGUAGACAGUUCCAUAAAGAAGCUGGCACUUCAGAUGCCAGAAUACAUGCUUUGAUCUGCCUUUGUAACUCCGAUCAUCUGGUAUCUUUGUAGUCAAUAUGAAAGAUCUGUAAAACCUUUGGCUUGAAGUCAUCACAAUUAGUUGGCUCACUGACUUAGCAAAACAAAUAAAGCUAGCUGUCAA